UUCAAGCAAUAUGGGGAUUUUUGAAAGUUUUGUAAAUCAUGUUGACAUGACAACUGUUUUGAUUUCUUUGGUUGCAUUUCUGACGAGUUACUGGUUGCUGCAACUGUAUAGGAGACCAAGGUUUCCUCCCGGACCAAUGUCAUGGCCUCUUAUUGGAAACAUGCCGCAGAUAUUUGGUAAGGCUCUACAUCUUGCCCUGACAAAUCUGGGAGACAAAUAUGGCCCCCUCGUCUGGUUAAACAUGGGCGGGGAGAACGUUUUGGUAGUCAACACCAUCGAUUCUGCCAUUACUAGUUUUGUACGCCAGGGCCGAGUCUUCGCUGGCAGGCCUAAACGACGGAAGACUGUGCAAGUUCUUCUUGGUCAAGGAAAAGACAUUGUAAUGAGCGAUGCGGGACCCGAAUUGAAGUUUCACAGAAAGCUUGUUCAUUCAUUUCUGUCUUCCCAGACUCGAGCUGGUCAGCACCGCAUGGAAGAUAUGAUCAUGUUCGAAACGGAAAGUCUGAGUGACAAACUGGCACUUGUUUGUAAAGGUGGUCAGUCUUUUGAUCCCAAACUUGACAUAUCUAGAGUUGUGGCUAACGUGUUAUGCAUGUGCAUUUUGGAUCGCCGCUUUGACGACGUCGACGACGCUUUUCUGAACCAGCUUCAUAUUAUUCAAGACAUUGUAGAUAACAUCGAGAGCUUCAACAUUGUCGACGUAUUCCCGUUUCUUGAGAGAUUCCCGAUUCCUAGCUGGCGCCGAUUUCUUGGCAGUCUAAAACGAAGAGACGAAUGGCUCACCCAAGUCAUAUCAGAACACAGGGAGACACUCGGUGAAAACAAUCGUGAUUUACUGGAUAUAUUACUGAAGGAACAAGAACAAGCUAAGAAAGAAGGGGAUAAGGAACGUUUGGCGCUUCUCAGUGACGUCAGCAUCGGCCAUAUUGUUUACGAAUUGUUCGGUGGUGGAAUCGAAUCCACAACUAUGACCAUCCUUUGGUUCAUUAUCUAUAUGAUAAGAAAUCCAGAGUGGCAGAAACGAAUUUAUGACGAAAUCCACAGCGUAACAGACUCGGACACAUUGCCGAGACCAUUUGAUCGCUCACGUUAUCCUGUUCUGGAAGCAACCAUAAAGGAAACACUUCGUAUGGCUUCCGUCCUGCCUGUAGGCUUCCCCCAUAGGACUAUGGAGGAUACAAAACUUUCUGGGUUGUAUGUCCCUAAGGAUACUAUGGUAUUGAUGAACAUAUGGGCUAUACACCACGACAAGCAAGCUUGGCAUGAUCCGUACACAUUCAAUCCAGGUCGCUUCCUUGACGAAUGCCCUGGAGAAAGGUACAGUUACUUACCGUUCGGGAUAGGUAAUCGAGUGUGCCUGGGAUCCACUAUUUCCAAAAUGGAAAUAUUCAUGUAUUGUGCUUGCCUCCUUUCCAGAUAUGAGCUUGUAUGUCCACAGGGGGAUCCACUCCCGGACGUGACGGGAAUUCCCGGUCUAACACUGAGACCUAAACCGUUCAGGAUCAAGCUAAUUGAGAGGUAAACUA